AUGCGAGGUUAUGUGGCCAAGAUCAGCACACCGAAUGACCGAGCUCGAGCUGUCAGCAUGUUUGGAUUGGCCGUUAUGCUUGCAGUUACAGUUGGACCAAUGUUCCAAAUGUUCUUCACAACAUUAUCAUUCCCGGGCAUCGAUAUGUUCGCUGGGAAAUUCUGGCUUAACAUCUACACAGGCCCGAUCUAUGUGGCUUUAGUCGCCAAUAUUGCUAGCUUGAUCUUGAUCAUCUUCUUCUUCAAGGAAAAACACUUCGACCGACAUCCACCAGGAGAUAAGAAAGUAUCUCUGCAACGUAAAGAAUCGCAGGCAAAGGCAGCUCUGACCACUGAUAUGCGAUCCUUCAAUAUCCCUCUCGCCUUAACAUGCAUCUUCAUUCGAAUGGCUGGCACAUUAACUAUCGUCACCAUAAAUACAACAACAUCACCGAUGAUGAUGUCUGUUUUCGGAUGGUCAAAUACGCGUACAGUUCGAAUUGGAUCAGUGGCUCAGGCUUGCGUUGGCAUUCUCAUCGCAGCCAAUAUAACCGGAUGUAACCCGACGAUAUACGAGUGGUGUGCUGACUCGUUACAAGUCAAGCCAUUCGUCUAUCUGGCGUCGAUGGUAGUUGUGCUCGGUAUUGCGAUCACCCUCGCAACGAUCGCAGUCGACACUCUCUACUCGAGGAUUUUAGGCAAUAUCGAUCAGGGUACCAUGCAAGGGUUCUUCUUGUUCUGCAUGGAUAUAAUCAAUGUGCUCGGUCCUCUAGCUAUUGCUCCGUUGUUCACCUCGUCCGGUCAAAAAUAUAUCUGGCCUAUUAAUGGUAGCGUCGCUGUAGCAGCCACAAUUGCGUGUUUAUUCGCUUAUGCUAAAUUUCCUCGUUAA